AUGGCAAACCAAUCGGUAGGUAACUUAAGUAAGCCGAAAAAUUAUAAAUAUCGCAAAGGACGUUCGGAACCUAACCUCUCACCUCUCGUUCUUCCGCUAGUCAUGCCGGAAGAAACAGCAGUACUAUCGCAUGACCCAGGAGCGUGGCCCGUUGACAUUUCUAGGAAUGAUUCAGACAUCCUCGUCCGAAGAGGACCAAAACAAAUUAUUAUGGACUUUCCGGUGAACAAAAAUGGUCGUCGAUUCACUGUCAACUGUUACCGUAGACGCAUGGCCAAUGGAGAGGAGGUAUCACGUUCUUGGUUGAUUUAUUCAGUAUCAAAAGACGCCAUAUAUUGCUUUUGUUGCAGAAUUUUUAGUAAAGUUAGACUUUCACUGUCUUCUGAAAUAGGCUUUAACGAUUGGAAACAUAUGUCAGAACUUUUAACUGAACACGAAAGGUCCCCAGGGCAUAUGAAGGCUUUUCAGUCUUGGAAGGAAUGUUCCUUGAGGUUGGAAAUGGGAAAAACCAUCGAUGCAGAACAUCAAAAAAUGAUUCAGGCUGAAGUGGGACGAUGGCAAGAGUCCUACUUUAAUGAAAUAAGAAGUGACAAGGGGUUUGAAGAAAUGCUUGUUGAUGCUCGAGAAGUAGCAGAAAGCCUUGAAGUUGAACCAUCAUUCCCUUCUGAACAACAAGUUCGACCAAGGAGAGUCAAGCGCCAAUUUGAUGAUGAGGUACGAGAUGAAGCAGUUGUGGAUCCAAAAGUAAACUUCAGAAGUAAAUGUUACCUCUACAUUUUGGACACAACAAUCGCAUCACUUGAAGAGAGAUUUUCUCAGUUAUCCACCCACAAUGACACGUUUGGAUUUCUUUACAAACUGAAAAGAGAAGACAUCAAUACUCUAAUGACUAAAUGUGCAGACCUGCAGAUAUCUCUAACUGAUGGAGAGCACCGUGAUGUUGAAGGACACCAGAUGUAUCAGGAACUCUUAGUGCUCAAAACAGUUCUACCCGACGAUUGUGGAGAUAAACCAAAGGACAUUUUGAAAUUUAUUUCAUCACAUUCUUUAAGUGAGAACUUUCCAAACGUUUGUGUAGCUCUAAGAAUUCUUAUUUCUCUUCCAGACAUAAAUUGGGAAGAUGUAGAUAUUGAAACAGAGGAACAAGAAAUUUUAGAUAACGGAGAAAAUGAAGCAGUCAUCAAGGAAAGUGGAGAGGCAAAUGUAACAACAUUAGAUGAAGAAGAUACUAUUAUUUUAGAUCCUAGUAAGAAAGGUGAAGAACAAGCACCACACUAUGAGACUAUCGUUAGUAUAGAUAGAGUGAUAGAGGGAGAAGAUGUAGUUUUGGAAAACGGUAGCAAAUAUGUGGAGCAAACGAAUAAUGAGAAUGUAACCAAAAUAAUAGAAAUAGUAGGAAACAAAAGAGAAGAAGAAACGAUUUUCGAGGCUGAUGGGAAAAUUAAAUGUAGCGAGCAACUAAGUGAUGAGACAACUAAAAAAUGUAGCGAGCAAGCAAGCGAUGAAAUAACAGUUAAGGGAGUUGAAACAAUAGAGAAAGAAAUCGUCAAAAAUAACGAUAAAGAAGAGAUAGACGAAGCAAAGGAAAAUAAGAACAUGAUUUUAAAGAAUAAUAAGGAUGCUCUAUUGAUACCCUCCCCUUUUAAAUCUAUUUUGUUUUGGCCAGAUGGAAGUACAAACAAAAAAUCAGGAAGAGUUGUCAAAGAAAAAGUUCCAAGUGUAUGUUCCUCAGAACAGUGGAAAGAAUAUUAUUUGAAAAAGGAAAACGAGAAGACUGAGAAAGAGAAUGCAAUUCUAGAUAGAAAAAAAAAGCGAGAGGAGAAAAAACUUCAACUUCAAGAAGAAAAGGAGAAAAGAUCAGUAAAGAAACUUUAUAGACCUAGUGCAGUUGAAUUUGUGAAGAAGAAUAUUUUUUUAAAUGGAAAAAAUACUGAAGAUAAUUCAGUCGGUGUCGAAAAGAAGGAAACUACUCCAAAAUCUGAAAUUAAUGUGACCGACUACGUUAUAGUUCGCUAUGAGGGUGAAAAAUUCCCGGGAAAGGUCAAGAAAAUUUCAAAUUACAAUGGUUUUUUUGUUAGUGCUAUGGUGGCAAGUGGACUGAAUUAUUGGAAGUGGCCAUCAGAGCCAGACGAACUUUGGUAUUCUGCAGAAGACAUUGUAGAAAAAAUAAAUAUUCCAACACCAAUAAAUAAUAGAGAGUUUAUUAUUGACCGUACUGUUGAUAUUGAAGACGUAAAUUUGUUAACUUCUGAAUAUAGCACAGAUGAAUUUACUUCCCUAAUAUCAUGUAAGCAACCAAAUGAUGAAUCUAAAUAUAAUGAGGUUCCAACAAACUUUAGCUCUGAUAGGCAGAUAAAAUUAUUACUACCUGAAAACAGUACCCACGAUUUUGACAUAAAUAGUAAAGAUGGAGAAAUACCCAUACCCGAAAAUCCUCUGACACCCACUGUACACAAUAAAAUUUUAAAACAAAAAAAUGACUUAAAAAGUCUAGUUCCUUACAGUGAUUCUGAAUCUGAAUUAGAAAUAGAAAAAUUGAAAGUCAAAAGAAAAAAGCGCUGUGAAUACUUUUCAAGUACACUUUAA